GGAGAGUAUGAUCGAGCAGGGCAGUUGUGACGGCAUCGAUCUGAAUAGGUCGUAGGAGGCCAGUCCAGAUCGUCGUAGGCGGCGAGGGUAGAUCUCUGAGUGGUUUCGGCGGCACGGAGGGAGGCUUUUGACCUUGUUGUGGCUGGGAUCGACGAUGCCUUCGUGGGCAACGUCGGUUUGCUGUUUGGGUGGCGGGACCAUGGUGCGACUUCUUUGCUUCAAAUCGGACUUGGGAUCGAUCUAGAGGUUUUGUGGCUUUCAGUGGACGUGGUGGUCUGAGUCUGGUCAGAAUUUUGGAUCGGAUUAGAACUUGGUGGGGUCCAGCGAUUAGGGUUUUAGUUGCUGCUUGGAUCGGGUUGUUCCUAUCGAAGUGCAAAGAAGGCGGCGGUUCAGCUUGCUUUUGAGGGAGCUCGCGACGGUGGAAGGGAGAGGCCAGCCGCCGAAAUUGGAUGGUGCCGUGUUCUGGUUCUGGCUGAAGUGAGGGAAGGAAGGAAGAGUGAUGGGUUUGGUGGCCUCUAAUUUAUCUGGGCUGCAAUUGUAGCCUAGAUGGAUUAACCCAUCAUUUUUUUAAUUUUUAAUUUUUUAUUUUUUAAUUUUUUUUCUUCAGUUGUCUGGCAUCUCAAUUUUACUUUUAUGUUUUAGCGACGCAGUUGACGUAAGUAAUAAAAUUAUCUAUUUUUAUUAAAAAAAUAAAUAAAUAAAACAGCAAAAAGGUUAAGGUUUUGGAGGAUAGAUGAGUUGACACGUUUGCAUCUCGAAAUCCACUGCUCCCUCUCCUCGAGCGCGCACCCAAUCCACUCAACUGGAACAAUAUCAUCCUUCCUUCCUUCUCUGCCUCCCUCUUUCUUUUUCUUCUUCUUCUUCUUUCCACACAUAAACCCAAGAAGUCUCAUUGACUUGGAGGAGGACGAUUCCCAGAAUAUGGCAAGUGCUACAGCCCAUGCUGUUAUGGCAGCCAACACAUUGACACGCACAUUCCCUGCCCAGAAGACCACCUUCUUCUUCUCCAAUCGACAUCACAAAACCACUCAUAAUCUCACUCUCAGAGCUUCCUCUGAUGACGCCGACUGUAAUGUGGAAGAAUGUGCUCCUGAAAAAGAGGUCGGAAAGGUCAGCGUGGAGUGGUUGGCUGGUGAGAAGACAAAAGUAUCAGGGACAUUUCCUCCCCGUAAUACUCGGGGUUGGACUGGAUAUGUUGAGAAGGACACCGCAGGGCAGACAAAUAUAUAUUCUGUGGAGCCUGCAGUAUAUGUAGCAGAAAGCGUAAUAAGCUCAGGAAGUGCAGGUUCUUCUUCUGAUGGAAGUGAGAACACAGCAGCAGUAGCUUUUGGAUUUGCCCUUAUAUCUAUCGCUGCAGCUUCCUCCAUACUCUUCCAAGUAGGUAAGAACAAUUCACCACAGAUUCAGAAAGUAGAAUACUCUGGGCCAUCACUUAGUUACUACAUCAACAAGUUCAAGCCACAAGAGAUAAUACAAGCCUCGGCGCCAAGUGUGAGUGAAUCAUCCUCAACAGUUCAGCCAGGAAGCUCUGUGCCAGAACCUUCCGAGGUUCAGCUUGAAUCAGAAGUUCAGCCGGUGCCUUCUGCUAAUGGUGUUAGCAUUAUCUCUUAGGCAGUAAACGUGGUUUAAUUGUGUAACUUUACUAAAAGAUUAAAUAUAUUAGCAG